ACAUGCUGGUCUUGUCUGCCUUUGUGGACGUGCGAUUUAUAGAAAGCUACUUUCGGAGGGAAAUCACUUGAUUUAUGACAUAUGGCAACGUUUCGCCAACUUCUCACUAGGAGAUGAGAUUUUAGAGUACUCGACGUUUAUAAAGAUGAAAAGUACUCUCUUGAGAGAUGAUACUGAAAUAAAACAAGCUGUGAGACUCCUCCGAACCGAUUUCUUGGCGAAUUUUGACACUAUACGUGUUGGGAUGCAAAAUGAUCUAGCUAUGUUUCUCACAGCAGAAGGAGUUCUGAUCCCUGGAGAAGAUGCUGGAACAUAUAAAGUUUCUUCGCCCUUGGUGCGCUCGCUAAUCUAUCAGCAAAUAGUCCCUAAAGUAUUUCCGACUUCACCUCAAACGGAAGUCCCCUAUCAUUCUUCUCCACGUACUUUGGACAUAUUUAAGGUUUUAAAGCAGACAGUCCUUGUAUUCGACAAAGAAAUUAUAAAGUCACUCAGUUCUUAUAAGGUUGCUCGUGUGCUGGUGAACAAUGCCAAAAAUGAAAGGGUUCCCAGAGAAUCAGUGUAUGAUGCAGAGUUUUACCGGAUCAUAUCAAAUUGGCUUGGUGGAUUUACAAUAACGGGACAAUGGCACCUAAAAUAUUGUGCUGGUGGGCAUAUUAAUAAUAAAUAUGUCGACAUAGUCAUAUCACGACCUGAUCAUCCGAUCAUUGUGCUCGAACUUUUAGCUACAGCAACAAAACAAGGGCUCAAGGAACAUUAUGAACGGGCACUCCUGUACGAUAAGAAAUUACCUGCAGAUGAAACAUGGGUUGUCCAUUUCACCUGUGAAGAAAAUGCCAUUUCGGAUCCUUGCUGGCCAACCAAUUCUCAACUGCAAAAGGGUCUUCGAGUCGUAUACAUUUGGCACGACCUCGACUUUACAAAAAUUAGGAUGAUUGCAUGUUGGUGGAAUAAUAAUACGAAGUAUGUUACUGACGUUGAGGAAAUAAUG